AAAUUUAUUAUUAAUAAUAAUCUUUUUAAGUCGCCAUCUCUUUUUUAACAUUCCAACUAGUGUAUUGAUUCGAUAAUUUCAUAAACGUCAUUUUUAGCUGUCAUAAUGACAGCUGUUAAGAUUUAAAAAGAUUGUUUCGUUUAAUUAAUAAGAAUCUUAAUUAAAUGUUCUUAGUUAAAAAAUUGAUAUUGAAAAAUGGGUGAAAAUUCAUCGAAAACUAAAAAAUUGUAUUUGCUGGGUGGAGACCAAAAAGAGGAUACUUUGUUAAAUCACGUGGAAAUAUCCGUUGUUGAAUCGGAGAAACGUACAAAUGGAUCGUUGCAUUUCAGGGAGUUCUACACAACCUAUCUUAUUGAAACUAAAUGCACAGAUUUGGAGUUUCACGUUAAAUUGUCGAAAAUUUCGACGGUUUGGAGGCGUUAUUCCGAAUUUGAGACGGUACAUGAUUAUCUCGAACACACAUAUCCUUACAUUGUGGUGCCCCCACUUCCUGAGAAGCGGGUUCUUUUUAGUUGGCAAAAAGUUUCAACUGACACCUUUGAUCCUGAUUUUGUCGACCGGCGUAGAGCUGCUUUAGAAACUUUUUUAUUAAGAGUCGCAUCACACCCCAUUUUAGGGUGGAAUAAAAUAUUUAUUGAGUUUUUGCAACACGAUACAUGGAAAGGUUCUUUGGAGAGCAACGGUUAUUGGAAAAUAGCCGAGAAUAAAUUAAAAUCGUUAAGCGUUUCCACCCAUCGGCUUAAAAAUCCCAACUCGCAUUUCGAAACGUUAAAAUCACGACGAAAUUCGAUGCACACUUGCAUUUACAACAUGCUAAAAGCCCGCUCGAGGGUGGCGGAAAAACAAUACAAUGUUUACAAGCUACAUCAAAAUUACGGGAGGGUUUUUAGCGAAUGGAGCGCCAUCGAAAAAGAAAUGGGGGAUGCGCUACAAAAAACAGGGCAUUAUUUAGAUUCGCUCUCAUCCAGCGUCGAUGGGUUAUUAGAAGACGAAGAAUUACUCGUCGAUCAAUUUAAGGAGUACUUAUUUUUCGCUGUAGCUUUGCAACAAAUUUGUAGGAACCACGAGACUUUACUGGUGAAAUUAGAGAACGCAGAGGAAAAUGUGAGUGCGAAAAACGCCGAAAAAACGCGAGCUAUUCAGGGAAAAAUUGGGAUUAUGUCGAGACUUUUUGGUACUAUUGAUACCGAGGAAGUCCGUGAGAUGAAAGUUAACGAUUUAGAUCAGCAAAUUCACGAAGCAACCGAAGCUGUUAAUCAAUCUAAAAGUGAUUUAACGGAGUUUUGUUCGAAAGCUUUAACGGACGUCGAUCGUUUCCAAGUGCAAAAAGCCGCCGAUUUAAAAGAAACCCUCGUCGCUUUUGCACUCCUCCAAUUAAAAGCUGCUAAAAAGGGUUUACAAACGUGGACUCAAAUACGUAAUUGUUUACAAAACAUUCCAUCGUAGAUAAUUAUUUAAGAUAAUGAUGUCAUAUCAAUACGUAUUUAGACUUAUUUAUUACUGCCUUAUUUACCUCAUUUUUGGUUACCACAUUAUAAGAAAAUAAUAACUCAUAACUAUUUAAUCAGUUUUUAUUACCUAAUUAA